AUGGCCUCACAGCCUCCGGCGGGCAUCGGACCGCUGCCGGCCACACCGGCCGGCCCCGAUCGGGGCCCUGGGUCACCUCCAGAGCCAACCUCUCCAUCAAGGGCUAAACGCCGCCGCAAUACCGAGACUCAGCCACUCCGGCCCAGUCUCGCGGGAAGCCAGCCUAACACCUUCAAUCCCUCUCCCCCAACGGCAAAGGGGCCUCCGACCUUAACUCCAGCCACUGGUAGGACCGCCACUGGGUCUGUCUUGUCCGCCCUGGACGAGGAGGCCAGGCACUAUGAGGCCCGCAAGGACGUCUUCUUAACCAUCGCGCAAUCUGUUGAUAAUGUCGUCUCCAGCUUUGAGGGCCCCAGGAAGCAGAUCGCGAAAGAGGCUACGGCCUAA